CACAUACUUUAACUCCAAAGUGAAAGAUAGAAAGAGAAGAUGACCAUGGCAACGAAAUUAGUUUCUUCAUUCGCCGUAUUUUUCAUCCUCUUUUUGGUCAUCUUUGAAGUGCCGGAGAUAGAAGCGCAAGAUACCGAGUGCUUGGUAGAAUACGGUGGUGAUGUGGGUUUCGCCUUUUGUGCGCCUUUGAUAUAUCCACCGUUCUGCUAUACAAGAUGCCGUGAGGACAAGGGAUCUAAAGGUGGAAUAUGCGUUUCGGAGGGCAAUAAAGUUAAGUGCUUAUGCGACUUCUGCCACGACAAUUUAAAACCACCUUUUGAUCAGAUUCUAAGUGGUAUUUGAAUAAUCUUGCAUGUGUCAUGGUUUGUGUGAUAAUCAAGGUGGACAUGUCCAAGUAAUAAUGUACUAAUAAUGAAUAAAAGUGAAACAAAAAAAGCCUGAAGUAUCUUAAGGCUCAAA